AUGAAGUAUAGACACGCAAGUAAGGGGCCCAAACUGGAGAGAUCUAAUCUACUUAAGAAUAAGAAGAAUACCAGCUCGGGACAAUCUAGCGAUAUGCACACUAAAAGUACCAUGUCUGGUGUACGUACGGAAGACACCCCACAACAAGGAACCAACACGGGGGACGGAACACCAGAAGGAACUAACACCCAGGAUGAUAAAAUAACCGAAUGCUCCUCCUCAUGCAAAAGUGUCACGGGUGUCCAAACCGAGGAAUGCAGCUGCUCCUGUUACUGUUAA